UUUUUUCUUUUGUCAAAAAAAUGCGUGCAAACAGUUAACAUAAGCAAAUGAGAAGGAUGGAGAGAGUAUGAUUAAUGAAGCUCAUGGUGAAACUAUGAUCAUGCUUGAAGUAACCAAACUUACAGUAUAUGAUUAUAUUGAAGUGACAAACUUAUAUAAUUUAUGUCAUUAUGUGUUCAUGUUUGCAUAGAAGUAGAUAAAAGUCAUUACUUAACAGUAAUUACGACACGUAAUAAUUUAUCACCGUAAUUUCACAGCUUAAAUACCCAAAAAAACAAUAAUAUUGCCCGCAAGACGCUGGACACAUAAGCCAAACACGGACAUAGACCAUCCCAUUCUGUAGGUACGCGCGCGUCCAAGCACGCGCAAACUCUGUCUCCCUCUUCCCAAACGUCAAGCCAUUCUUUCGGACGUUUCAAUCUGGUGAAAAUUCUUGCUACAUGGAACACCAAUUCAUCAAUGCAUCUGCACACAUACACAACAUGCAAACAAUGUAUCAAACGGAAACAGUGAUGUGAUGGAAUAAAAUAUAAGGUGACAGAGCCCGCUAAUAUUUCUCUCAUCAUACAUUCAUUUGUUUCCAUUUCAACAAAACUUGUCCCGGUCAGAUUUAUCGCUGCUACAAAAGUGUGAACCCCAUCAAUUUAUCUUUAGAACGCAAACACUUCUUACUAUGCAUUUUUUCCUCAUUUCUGCAUAAAUGCCUCACAUUUAAUUCUUGUCCUUAUACAUUCUUUCAUAUCUUACUCUUUUACAUCAGCUGCGGAUCAGUGUCUUGAGGAUUCUUAGCUUGUUUCGACACAGACCCACCUGUCCUAUUUCACAGUCUCGAUUUCUUGUGGUUGUCUGACUUUAAACACACACCGAGACACUAUUGACAGAUUUAUCACUGUAAUUUUUUUGAAUGUGAUAGCCUCCUGAAAAUUUGUGAGUGAAGAUGCAGACAAGAUCGGUGGCAAUGGAGGAAGGUAAAGAGCUUCCAAUGCCAUCAAGGACAAUCCAGGCGAGGGUUCUGCCUUUGAAACUACUUUUAUUUUUUUUGCUAUUUCUUGGUGUAGGCAUUGCCUUCAUAAUUAUUAGCAUGCUUAUGAGCCGGCAUUUUUAUGUUGAUAAUGUUAUCAUCCCGGCAACAAGUAACAGAGUUCAGCCUUGCUUUCAAGAACCACUUAGUUUUAGGAGUUGGAUUAAGCCACCGUCAACUGUGUGGCAUACUAUGAAUGAUUCUCAGCUCUUUUGGCGGGCUUCAUUUGAUCCUCAGAUCACAUCGUACCCUUUCAAGAGGGUCCCCAAAAUUGCGUUUAUGUUCUUGACAAGGGGACCAUUGCCUAUGGCUCGCCUGUGGGAUAGGUAUUUUAAGGGGCACGAAGAACAUUAUUCUGUUUAUAUACAUGCGCUGCCUAGUUAUGUUGAAGAUUAUCCUCCUUCUUCAGCUUUUUAUCGGAGGCAAAUUCCUAGUCAGGUUGCAGAGUGGGGAAUGAUGAGCAUGUGUGAUGCGGAGAGAAGACUCCUUGCCAAUGCAUUGCUUGAUAUAUCAAAUGAAUGGUUCAUUCUCCUGUCUGAGGCAUGCAUACCUCUUCAGAGCUUUCCCAUUGCUUACCUCUACUUAUCAAUAUCUCAUACAAGUUAUAUGGGGUCAUACGAUGAUCCUGGACCCUUUGGCAGAGGACGCUAUAACGAUAACAUGGCACCGCUAGUCAACCUCAGUGAUUGGCGUAAAGGGUCACAGUGGUUUGAAGUAAACAGAAAACUGGCAAUUGACAUUGUCAAGGACGACACUUAUUACCCGAUAUUUGAGAAAUUCUGCAGACCAGCGUGUUACGUGGAUGAGCACUAUUUUCAGACAAUGCUGAGCAUCCAGUCCCCUCAUCUUUUGGCAAAUAGAAGUUUAACAUGGACUGAUUGGUCUCGAGGCGGUGCUCAUCCUGCCACAUUUGGGGCAGCUGAUAUGGAAAAGAAAUUUUUUAAGAAUAUUAUUGAAAAACAGAAGUGCAUGUUUCAUAAUCAGACAUCCUCGGCUUGUUUUCUUUUUGCAAGAAAGUUUGCUCCAAGUGCAUUAGAUACAUUACUAGCACAUUCAUUUGAAUUUUUUGGGUAUUGACAAGAUCUCCGCAUUCUGGAUAAUUACAGAGUCUUUUACUACACAAUUGUAUGAUCUUACAAUGUAAUGUGACACUAGUGACUGGUAUAUGUAAUUUGCAGUUGGAAUAGUUUCUUGUGUUCAA